AUGCAGUAUGGUCUCUGGUACUCCAAGGACAGUGAACUAAGUCUGGUUGCCUACUAUAAACCUGAUGUUUCUGCUACCCCAUCUUGUGUGCCUGUUAUUUCUGAAAAUUUAACUGCUUUGGAUUCCGAGAAUCCCCCUGUGAAUGUUGAUUCUACAUCUCUGCCUGUGAGUGAGUCUGUUGGUGUGAAAACUGUUGUCUUGCAUGUGUCUGAUGAGAAAGAAAAGUCCUCUUAUGAGCCAAAUAAAUUGAGUUUAGUUGUUUAUGCUUAUGAUAAUGUUGCUCUGCCUCCGGCUGAAAUAGCUGAUGACCCUAAGGAAGUCUGUUCUGUCGUUGACACUCCUGUCUUACCUGCUAAUGUUGAAUCUGUUGAUCUAUCAAGCCCCCACAAGUCUGAGAAAACAGGUGGAAUCCCAGUCUACACUGCCAUAUCAUUAGGCGAAAGUUUGGAACAUGUGAGACAUUUUGCUGGUCUACCAUCUGCUUCAAUCCCUCAACCGUAUCAAGUGAUUCACCCUUCCGAAUCUUCCAGCGAAGAUGAUAAAAUACUGGCUGAAGUGUAUGGAUCUCAAGCACCUCCAUCUGAUAUUCCAACUAUUGAGGCCACUGCUCAUCCUGACUCCACGACCUUCAAAAUUCGUGAAAUUUCGAAUAUUAUUGAGAGCUCAUCUGCCAAUGUUUCUGAUUCCAGUCUCUCUGUGACUCCUGUUCAAUCCCCAUCCAAAGAACCAAGAAGGUCUAAAAGGAAGAAUGUUCCAGUAAAGGUUGUUGUUGAGACUGGUGAUGACAGUGCUGAUGUGGAUCAGCCUGAGAAGAAAAGGAAGUCGAUGAGGAUGUUAAGCCGGAAGAAAAUCCGCCAAUUCAACAAGUGUUCAAGACUCUGUGAUCGUCUGUUAAGCAAAAGGGGCCUGCUGUUCAAGUCACUUCUGCCUCAGUUUGUUUCUCCUGCUGCUCAGACCAAAUGGUCUACCAUGGUUAGAAGGGAUCUUAUUGUUCAACGAUCUGUGGAUGAGAACCAGCUGAAUUCUGUAUGUGAAAUUUUACCUUUGUUGAAUGAAGUCGGAUUGUUGAAGUCUGUCACGAACAUCUGCCCAUACUCUAAGCUUCUCACGUAUGAAUUCUAUUGUAAUCUCAAUGACGAGAUUGAAAUCCUAUCUGGGCCACGACCGAUGCAGAUUUUCAUUAGAGAAAGGUGGUACCUUUUUGGACCGGACAUGAUCAAUGAAUACUAUGGUUUGACUGUUGUGCAAGAAGACCCUGUCACUGACUGGAACUUGGUGGCCAGAACUCUUACUGGUGGACAGACAAAAUCAUGGCCUACAGGAGAUAAGGACUAUCUGCAGAGCUCGCAUCUCACAUCCAGAUAUGUGAUUUUACAUCGGCUGGCCCUUCACAAUUGGCUCCCAUCAGCCCAUUUCCACACUGUUGGCAAGUUACUGGCAGGAUUCUUAUUUCGCAUUGGAACGAAGAUGCCUAUUGAUCUGGGAAAAUGGAUUUACUAUCACAUUCUUACCUUAAUUCAUCCACGGGAACAGAAGGGUCUUGAGCCUAUGCCUAGUGAGGUGAUCAGUCCAACACUGCUCUAUACUGUUGAUAAACGUCUGCUGACUGGAGAUCACAUUCGGGAUGUUGUUCCUGUGUCUGCCCCAUCCAAUUCUGAACCUGAUGCUGUGUCUGAUGACUCUCCUCAUGCUAAGGAUGUUCAGCUUUCCAUACAGUUGAAGGCAAGGGUCGCUGAUCUUGAGACAGUACAUGGCAUUAUUGCAAAGCAACUGACAGGGGCCCAUCAGACUCAUGGGUUGCUUCUUUAUAAUAACCUAUCUUAG